UAUGCCGCGCUGUCAUAUGUGUGGGGCAAAGAACUCUGUACACACCAGGCCCUGCUGAACAGCAGACAUGUCACAAUCGGCAGCAAUCUGGACCGCGCUCUUCGCCAUCUCCGAGAAAUUGCUGGGGAACGCGUUUCCCAGGAACGGCUCCUGCUCUGGGUCGACGCUUUGUGCAUUCGCCGGAACGAUGUCGCAGAAAGAAACCAGCAAGUCCAGCUUAUGGAUAUCGAUGCCUUACAAAAUAUCUAUUCUUCCGCCGGUGACGUAAUAGUGUGGUUAGGUCCAGAGCGG